GGCGCUUGCACCUGUGGCGGCGGGAUGGCGGAGCUCGACAUCAGCCCGGCGGCCGUGCUGGCUUUCCUGCGGGAACGCGGCGGGUCCGUGCGUAACGCCGAGCUGGUGAGCGCCUUCCGGCCGCUGCUGGAGGCCGGUGGGGAGGCGGCGGAGCGGACGGAGCGGCGGGAGCGGUUCAAGGCGGCGGUGAAUGCCGUAGCCGUGGUGAAAGAACGGGACGGAGCCAAGUUCGUCGUGCUGAAGCGGGACCUGCGCGCCGCCCCGCCGCCGGGGGGGGCGCUGGCAUCGGGGGCCGUUCCGGCACCGGCAGAUGGAGAUGGCGAUGGCGAUGUUCCGGGCCCUGGCCCCACCAGGCAGCUCUCGCCGGCGCCCCCCGAGGAACUGCCGGGCCCACGGGCCGUCUCCGAGCUGCGGGGCCUCUUCCAGGGUGGUGAUGGCACCGUGCCCCUGCCCGCCGGCGCAGCGGGGGCCCGGCGAGAGCCGCUGCCCAAGCCUUGCAUGCUGCCGGUUCGCUGCGUGCCACCCCCCUCUGCCACCGCCGCCACCCCGGGGACGCCUGAGGAGCCAGGGUCCCCCUUGUCGCCCCCGCAGCCGGAGGAGGAGGCUUGGUCCCGCUCGCCUGGCUUACGACGGGGGCUCAAGAGCCAUCGUGCCAGUGAGGAGACGGCAGCGGUGCCCCUGGAGGAGGCUGAGCACCAGUGGCUGGUGAUGGCGGCAGGUGGGCAGUGGACCCAGCAGCUCCACGGGCUUCUGCUGGGCGAUGCCAGCUUGGCGGCACGGAGGGACUUCAUCUCGGGCUUCACCGCCCUGCACUGGGCUGCCAAGAACGGCAACUGUGACAUGGUGACGAACAUCAUCCGAGCGGCCGAGAAGGGGGGCACCCGGGUCAACGUGGACGCCCGGGCGCACGGUGGCUACACGGCGCUCCACUUGGCCGCCAUCCACGGCCAGGAGAAGAUCAUCACCAUGCUGGUCUACAGCUACCACGCCAAGACCGACCUGAGGGACUACAGCGGGAAGAAGCCACACCAGUACUUAAAGGAAGGGGCAUCCUCUGCCGUCAGGCGCUUGCUGGGGGACCCCCGCCUGACCCACAGCGUGGAGCCCUCCAUGCCCAUCAAGAAGAGCACAAAGCUUGCAGCUUCCAUCUUGAGCUCCACGAGCACUUUCCUGGGGGUCAUAUCCGACGACAUGGCUUUCUACGAUCUCACCAAAGGUUUACGGAAGCCCUCGUCCUUGAACAAGCUCCUGGCUGCCACCACCGGCCCGAGGAGAAAGCCAAAGACCCGAGGGGGGUUCCCUUCGUAUUCCUCCCUCUCCGAGGCAAUGGAGGAGGAGGAAGAGGAGGUUGUUGUCAAACGCAGACCUGUUUCUGAGCUGUUCUUUGGCCACUAACCACCUUGGGAUCGAAAUUGUUUAAUAAUGUGGCUGUUGGGGAGGGGGGGUUGUCUCCAUUUCCUCUCACAGAAGCAGCUUGGAUUUCUUCUCUCCCUGUCUGUCUUUUUGGAGGUUGAAGGAAAUGGGUGAUAGGAUCUAGCUCCAAAGGGCACUGGAUGAAACCCAGCUCAGAGAGACCUGAGGAAAGGGAGUGCUAUCAAUGCUGUAUGUAUGCUGCUGCUAUGUCUGUGGAGACCUUUAUACUUCCAUGGUCAAACACUCAACCCACCUCUGUGUGUGUGUGUGUGCAGACAGCUUAAAAUGUCUAAGGUGCAGCCUGAGAGAUGUGUGUUCCUCAGCUGGAGAGCAAAAGGAAGGGACAGAAUUGUCUUUUACACUGUGAACAGCAAGCUGGUAGCUGGCUGCUUUAACGUGGCUUGUUUUAGAGCAGGCUUAAAUCGUUAGAAGGAAGAUGCUUAGUUUUCUAUCAUGUUUCUGAUUAUUUUGGUACCAGAAGAGGAAUAUUUCUAUUUUUAAAAAAGGAAGAAAAAAAAAAAGAAAGAAAAAGACUCUGUGUGCUUCACUUUUUCAAAGCAAACUUUCUCCCUAUCAGAAAUAGGAACAUAAUGAGCUGAAUUGUUGCCUAAUGCAUUUUAUUAGCUAAACAGCUUCAAGGUAACUCCCCAGCCCUCAGCACUCAGGUCACUGUGACCUGUCUACCUCAGUCUGAAAGCUACAUCAGCAUUUUAAAAUGUCUUUUUUUCCCUUUUUCCUCACCCUGAAAGCCUUUCUGACCAGGUGGUACCAACCACAGCCCUUGCUGAUACUGUGAACGUUGAAACCUGACUCUGGUCAGGUCAUUUAACUGGAAGAAAAAUCUUGGUGAUGCUUGAUGGUGGAACAACUGACCUGAAAAACUGGGAAUGGCAUCCUGCAGCAGUUCUGAAGAGCCAACAAAGUUAGGCUCUUGUGUCUACAUUCUUUUUAUUUAGAACUUGGCCUUUGAUGAUUAUUAUUACUAUUUUUGACUAGUUGACAAUAAAUACUUCUAACACUUGGCCUUUACAUUAAGUUAGGUGUUUCUUGAGAGCAUGGCUGCAUGACCUCCUAGUGUUUGCCUCAACAGCAUGAAUCACUGACCCAAAACUCUUAUAAUUGUUCUGUGUCUAGAGCUACAGGUAGCUCUGACAGGCAUGCUAACUGCAGGUUAAGUACUACAUAAAAUAGCUUGAUAAUUACUAUUUGGUUCAAGUCAAAGUGAAGAGGCAGAGCUGAGAAACCAUCCAGCUCCUGGGGCCAGGCUGCUGAACCAUCCCAUUUGCUCUGAAACUGUAACUAAAACCAUGUACAAUAAAGUCAGAGGUGAAGAAGGGGAUGGUGUUCCUGUGCAUGCUCUGCUUUUCAGCCUCCUCAGGUGUUUUGGUUUCCAUCCUGAAACACUUGUUUGCGUGGUUUGCUUUUCUUUUUCCAAGUCAGUGACUCCAGGAAUGUUUGUUUUCUUCAGCCUUGCAUUAAGCCUGCUGCUUGUAAUUGGCUGUAAUUGGCUUCUCCCAAAAGGCUGGGCAAAAGAAUGCUGUGGGACUGUGCUGAAGGUGAAGGCACUGCCCUGUUUGACUCUUAACAGCGUCUUCCUGGAGUCCCUGGGGUUGGUGACAGCGGUUGUGAGCAGGGGGAGGAGGUUGGAUUAUUCUGCACCGCUCUGCUUCCGUAUUGAACUCAUUAAGUUGUUAAGCAAACGUUAAUGAUUGAGCACCUCAUGACUUCUAUAUCUGGAGUAGGGUUAAAAAAGAA